AUGGCUCUGGAAGUUGUGAGGGUGCGCUACCGUGCACAUGCCGGCCAGCAACCCAAACGCCCGGUGCCACCUGCUGACUCGGGCGAGUGCGUUUCUCGCGUUUGCCUCUGGAACCGCAACUACUUGUUCCGCUCCAGCUUCAGCAAGCCCAGCCCCUGCGAGGAUUUCUACGAGCACGCAUGUGCGGACUUCCGGAACAGCCCAGGGGGCUUCGCACAGCAGCCGUACCCUCGUUGGAGCACCGGACAGCUCCUCCUUGAUUUUGAUAUGUUCUUCAUGAGAUUCCUCGCUAUCAAGGGACGACAGCCGAGACCCAUCGAAAGCAACUUUCUUGUUCAGGCAAUUCUGAGCUCCAUCUUCAAAACGCCGGACUACGAAACUGCAGUAGCCAACUACGUAGGCCUCAAGGCCCUGAUCACAUUGUCACCGUUCAUGCCGCCCGACUACAGAACGCUCUACGAAUUCGGCCUCGGAUCCGACAUCGAUCACUUCGAUACGCAGCUCGCGGCGUGUAGCGUAUUGCUAGAGAAGAUGUACCGCUACGGCGUCGGCAUAGCGGCCAAGCUAACGUCAAACCGGGAGUUCGCAAAUGUGUACAGGACGCACCACGACGACCAGCUCGCCGCACUCUUCAACAAAAUGCGCGUGACAAUCCGUGACAUGCUGCAAUCGCGGCGUUCCUGGUUCUCACAAGAUGAUAUCGCGACGGCGCAGCGAAAGCUGGAAAACAUGACGUUUGUUUUCGGCACGCAGGACAACUUUGUACAGUAUGAGGACUAUCGGCGGACACCGACUUUGGCACUGAAAUCUAAUGAGAGCGUGCUGGAGACCGUGUUUGCAAUAUUUUCACAUGCCUCAUCCAUCUACUGGAGUGCGCUCGGGAACGGUGCUGGCGGAAAUGUCACGGCAGCGUACGACAACGCAUACACGGCGUCUGUUUUCGAAUGGGGCAGCGAGUACCAGCCGACGAACAACCUAGUGUUUGCCCCGAACGGACUGGUGGGCUUCCUAAGCACCAUCUCGAGCACGAUUCCCUUCCAGCUUUAUCCCGCUGUUGUGGCGCCUCUGCUGAAGGCCUCGCUGCAGGCGCUUUUGCGCAGCAACUCUCUCUUCGACGACCGUAUGUUGCCGAGGAAAUGGUGGAGCGCAGAGUCUGUUGGUGCGUACGAGAACGUCACCCAGUGCCUGCGACGCCAGUAUGAAGCGGCCGAAAAUGCCAGCAGCGCGAGCAAUGCAACAUCAUGGGCGCCUUCCAGGUUUAGCGUGGCACGUCUAGAGGAAGACUUUCUGGACAAUGCAGUUUUAUGGCCGCUAUAUGAACUGUACGAACAAGCCCUCAUCGAAUACAAUGCCACGCGGCUUUACUAUGCUCUGCCAUUUGUCCACGUGUCCACCAGAGAGAUGUUCUUCUACAAUUACGCAUGGCUCUUUUGUGACAAAGCCAUCGCCUCCAGCCGAAAGCUUCAGCAAAGCUUGGGGAUGAGUCCGGCCAAGCUACGCCUUAAUGUGGCUUUAAGCAACUUUCCGCCCUUCCUGAAAACGUUUUCGUGCAUGGCAAAAAAGCAGCAGCGCUGCGAAGUCUGGAAACAAUUUGCUUGA